AUGGGUGGAAAUAAUCGUUUGUACGAAGUUAACUUGAUACUAACUGUUGACAACGAUCCAGAAUUAAGCAAACUUACUGAUUACCUUCGACACGAGAGUUUUCCAGACAGUGAAGUAUGGUACAGAUUAGGUAUGGUACUAAUUAAAAUGGGUCAAUUUGACAAAGCUGAAGAUAUUUAUCAAGUUUUACUUAAUCAAACAAAGGAUGAUGAAGAUAAGUCACAUAUUUAUCAUCUACUUGGCUCGAUUAAGAAAGAUCAAGGAGAAUAUCAAGAAGCACUUACAUUCUAUGAAAAAUCACUUGCUAGCUAUCGAAACAUUUUUCCUCCCAAUCAUCCUAAUUUGACGAUGUCCUACAAUAACAUUGCUUUAGUGCAUUACAAUAUAGGUAAUUAUCCGAAAGCACUUUCUUAUUAUGAAAAAACCCUUGAAAUUCAACAUCAGUCACUUCCUCCCAAUCAUUCUGAUUUUGCUGGUUCCUACAACGACAUUGGUUUGAUGCAUGACGACAUGGGCAAUUAUUCAAAAGCACUUUCAUCUUAUAAAGAAGCCCUUGAAAUUAAGCAGCAAUCGCUUCCUCCCGAUCAUCCUCAUUUGGCUGCUUCCUACGACAACAUUGGUGUGGGUGUUAUUUACAAAUAA